AUGGGGGGUAUUUUUAGGUAUGCAGACAACAUAGACAAGUUGCUGAUGUUUGUUGGUAGUUUAGGAUGCAUUGGAGAUGGGCUGAUGAUUCCUCUCAACAUGUACAUACUUAGUGGAAUCAUUGAUGACUUUGGUUCUGCAGGCAUUUCUAUCUCCAAUCAAGUUGUUGACAAGUACUCACUCAGGCUUCUCUAUGUUGCAAUUGGAGUUGGAGUUUCUGCUUUCAUCGAGGGAGUUUGUUGGACAAUAACUGCAGAGAGACAAACAUCUCGUAUGAGGAAAGAAUACUUAAAAUCAGUUAUGAGACAAGAAGUCAGCUUCUUUGACAACCAAGAUGCAUCAUGCUCUACUUUCCAAGUUGUCUCAACUAUUUCAGCUGAUGCUCAUGUAAUCCAAGAUGUUAUUGCAGAGAAGAUCCCGAAUACCUUGGCAAACCUUUGUACAUUCAUAUCAGGCUUCAUAGUGGCUGCCAUCCUUUCCUGGAGACUAGCAGUGGCUGCUAUCCCAUUCCAGCUUGGGUUUAUGGUUCCAGGUGUGGCAUUUGGGAAGCUACUAAUGAAAUCCGGGAUGAAGAUGAGGGGUGCAUAUGGAGUUGCAGGUAGCAUAGCAGAACAGGCAAUCUCAUCGAUAAGAACAGUUUAUUCAUAUGUAGCAGAGAUCCAGACAGUAAAGAGAUUCAGCAGUGGUCUUGAAGAGAGCAAGAUUCUUGGAAUAAAGCAAGGGUUUGUGAAGGGGAACCUGAUAGGAAGUAUGGGAAUGGUUUAUGUGGCUUGGGGGUUUGAAUCUUGGAUUGGGAGUUUGCUUGUAGCUGAUAAAGGAGAGAGUGGUGGCCGUGUUUUCAUAUCAGCUGUUUGCAUCAACCUUGGAGGCUUAUCAUGCAUGGGUGUAUUGCCUAAUUUCUCAUUCAUCACUGAGGCAAGAGUUGCUGCUGUCAAGAUUUUUGAGCUGAUAAACCGCGUUCCUGAGAUAGACUCCGAGGAUGGGAAAGGGAAAGCUCUAUCAUAUGUAAGAGGGGAGAUUGAAUUCAGAGAUGUGAGUUUUAGGUACCCAUCAAGGCCAGAUAUCACAGUUCUUCAAAACUUCAGUCUGAGAGUAAAAGCUGGGAAGACAAUGGGCGUGGUGGGAGGGAGUGGUUCUGGGAAAUCCACACUCGUCUCUUUGCUCGAAAGGUUUUAUGAUCCAACCGGAGGCGAUAUCUUGCUCGAUGGCUACAAAAUAAAACGACUCAAGCUUAAGUGGUUGAGAUCUCAGAUAGGCCUUGUGAAUCAAGAACCAGUUCUCUUUGCAACUUCAAUAAAAGAAAAUAUAUUGUUUGGGAAUGAAGAGGCUUCAAUGGAGGAUGUGAUUGAUGCUGCUAAGGCUGCAAAUGCUCAUAGUUUCAUUGAAAAGUUACCCCAAGGAUAUGAAACUCAUGUUGGGCAGUUUGGUUUUCAGCUGUCUGGAGGCCAAAAACAAAGGAUUGCAAUAGCGAGGGCGUUGUUGAAAGACCCGAAAAUCCUGUUGCUUGAUGAAGCUACAAGUGCUCUAGAUGCGCAAUCUGAGAGAGUAGUGCAAGAGGCAUUAGACCAGGCUUCAGAAGGAAGGACAACCAUUGUCAUUGCGCAUCGCCUCACCACGAUUCGCAAGGCAGACAAAAUCGUUGUCCUCCAGUCGGGGAGAAUAGUCGAGUCGGGGUCUCAUCAUCAGCUGAUGCAAAUGAAUGAAGAAGGUGGUGGAGUCUACUUCAAGAUGGUACAACUGCAACAAUCAGUAGAAGAAACAGAAACCGAAGCCCCUUCACAUUCUUAUUAUCACCCGAAUUAUUCAAGGAACUCGAGAAGAGGGAUCCAUAUGAAUACCCCAAACUCACCUUAUAGUGCAAGAUCAAGCGGGCUAAACACCCCUGCUUCUCCCUUUGUCAGCCCCUCGGUAAUAAGUCCUAGCAUUGUCCCUUCGGUCCACUUGUACUCUUACUGUGACAGCGACAACACUGAUGAGGACAUUUCUGAGAAGUUGUAUCAGAAGAGUCCCUCGAUGUGGCGUUUGCUCAAACUAAACGGACCAGAGUGGAAGAGAGCUUUGUUGGGAUGCCUUGGAGGUUUCACUUUUGGUGCAGUUCAACCAGCUCAUGCCUAUUGCUUGGGAACCGUCGUCUCAGUGUAUGUAUCAAAUUCUUCAAACAUAAAAUCAGAGACCAAGGAUUACAGCAUUGCUUUUGUGUGCUUUGGUGUGAUUACCUAUUUUAGCAGCAUAAUACAACAUUACAACUUUGCAAUCAUGGGAGAGAUGUUAACUAAGAGAGUGAGGGAAAAAAUGCUUCAAAGCUUGCUUACAUUCGAAGUGGGAUGGUACGAUGAGGACGAGAACACGAGUGCAGCAAUCUGUGCCAGGCUAGCCUCAGAAGCAAACAUGGUUCGAGCCCUGGUUGGGGACCGAAUCUCGUUGCUGCUUCAAAUCUUCACCAGUGCUUCUCUCGCUUUCCUCUUGGGAUUGAUCGUCACUUGGAAAGUCGCAAUUGUGCUGAUUGCCAUACAGCCUUUAGCCGUUAUGAGUUUCUACUCGAGAAGUGUUUUGAUGAAGAGCAUGUCCAGAAGAGCUAAAAAGGCGCAAAGCGAAGGAAGCCAGCUAGCAAGCGAAGCGGUGAUCAAUCACAGGACUAUCACUGCCUUCUCAUCUCAACAAAGAAUCAUGAAGCUCUUCAUGGAAACACAGAGAGGCCCCAGGAAAGAGAGCCUUAGACAGUCAUGGGUUUCUGGGGCAGGCCUUUUUUGUUCUCAGUUUAUCACCACAGCGAAUAUCGCCAUAACGUUUUGGUAUGGCGGUAGGCUAAUGAACAAAGGGGAAGUGUCUGCAAAACAUCUGUUCCAAGCUUUCUUCAUUUUAUUGAGUACUGGUAAGAACAUUGCUGAUGCUGGAAGCAUGACUUCCGAUUUAGCCCGAGGUAGCAGUGCUGUUGCAUCUGUUCUCGCGAUUCUGGACAGGAAAUCAGAAAUCGAGCCUGACGAUAAUCUGCAAGGACUUGAAGUUAAAAAUCCAUUACAAGGAAAGAUAGAACUCAAGAAUGUUUUCUUCUCCUACCCAUCCAGGCCUGAUCAGAUGGUUUUUCAAGGCAUGAACCUCAAGAUCGAACCGGGAAGAACCAUGGCGCUCGUUGGACAAAGUGGCUCGGGAAAAUCCACCAUCAUUGGACUGAUCGAAAGAUUCUAUGAUCCCACGAGAGGAUCAGUACUGAUAGAUGACAGAGACAUCAAAGCAUACAACCUAAGGAGCCUCAGAUCACACAUAGCUCUGGUGAGUCAAGAGCCUACCCUUUUUGCAGGCACAAUUCAAGAAAACAUUACUUAUGGCAAAGAAAACGCUACCCAAUCCGAAAUCAAGAAAGCUGCAAUUCUUGCUAAUGCACACGAAUUCAUAAGCUCGAUGAAAGAUGGGUACGAAACAUACUGUGGAGAGCGAGGAGUGCAGCUUUCAGGAGGGCAGAAGCAACGAAUAGCGCUUGCUCGAGCCAUACUAAAGAAUCCAGCUAUCCUGCUCUUGGAUGAGGCCACAAGUGCACUCGACAGCGUCUCGGAAAACUUGGUUCAGGAGGCACUCGAGAAGAUGAUGAACGGAAGGACAUGUGUAAUCGUCGCCCACAGGCUCUCCACGAUACAGAAAUCGGACACCAUCAGUGUGAUCAAGAACGGGAAGGUGGUCGAGCAAGGAUCACACUCUGACUUGCUUCGCCUCGGGACACAUGGCUCCUAUUACUCCCUUAUUAAGUUGCAAUAUGGCCAAUCUCCCCCUAUCAGGCCAUAAACAAGAAAAAACAUGUAUAUAUAUAAUUCUCAAUCUUUAAAUGCACUUCACUUUCACUGAAAUUAGCAAUGCUUUAUAAAUGUCGGUAUCUUUAUUGUAAAAUAGGCCUCACAACACUUGGUUCAUCACCAAAGAGAAAA